AUGUUAGCCAUUCAAGAUAUGGCAUCUGCUAUUCGUGAGACAAAUCAACAUAACCACGAACCCCAUCAGGAAACUCAAGAUGAUCGAAUAAUGAGGAUUCAAGGAGAAUUUCAUAAGACACGACCACCUGUGUUCAAGUGUGAUCCAAACCCUAUGGCAGCAGAAGAAUGGUUAAGACAAAUGAAGAGAAAGAUGAAUGAACAAAGAGUUCCUGGAAACCUAAAAGUGACCAUUGCUUCUACCUAUUUGGAAGGACAAGCUUAUCAUUGGUGGGAAUCUGUCUUGGCUAUGCCUGAUGUUGAGGUUGUAACUUGGGUUGCCUUUGAGACAAUGUUUCUGGAGAAAUAUUUUCCUGAAACUAUGAAAACCAUGAAAGUACGUGAGUUCACUAAUCUUUAUCAAGGUGAUAUGACUGUGGGACAAUAUCAAGCUAAGUUUGAAGAACUUAUGCGUUUUGCUCCUUACAUGAUUCCUGAUGAAUCUACAAAAGCAAAGAAAUUUGAAGAAGGGUUGAGACUAGAAGUCAAGGAGAAAGUAGAACUUUUUAAAUUGAAAAAGUAUGCUGAAGUUGUUGAUCGUGCCUUAAUGGCCGAACAAAGGAUACCUAGUUCUAAGAGAGUUUGUGAACCUAAGAAUCCUAACGGGGGACAAAGUAACAAACGCCAAAGAUUUUUUCCCUCUUGUUCUCGAUAUCAAAAUCCAAGAUCAUUUGAGGCAACUCAAAACUCAGGAUUUUGUUAUCAUUGUCGACAGAUAGGACAUUACCGGAGGGAUUGUCCUCAGCUACAAUCAUAUCAGAUACCUGUUGCUCCACAACCACAACCAGAGUUCCGUGCACCACAACAACAAUUUCAAGCUCCACAAACACAGUACCGUGCUCUGUACCAAGCCCCAUAUCAAGAUUCACUAAAUCAGUUUAGAGGUCCUGUUAAUCAACAGACACAAACGUCCAAGGGGACAACCUACACAACAAAGGCCUAG